AGAAGAUCACCUGUUUCAUAGUUGGUUAUCUUUGCAGAGUUUUUUUCUAGUGAAAACUAAUUUUUCUUUAGGCACACUGCUGCUCAGCUGGCUAUUUGACAACGCAAAUUCUCUCUUCAAGAGAUGUCGCAUGCAAUUAUAUCGAAUUUGACUACGUGAACUAGCUUUGUAUUUUAAACCAUAAUAUAUAUUUUAUAUUAAAUACAUGGUCAUUCAGCAUUUUGCGUUAGAUUUCGUUCAAAUUAUUCACAUUGUAGGUACUGUCCAGAAGCAAUUCGAAAUAAAAGAAUUUACAUUUUUAUAUAUUCACUUUCGACAGCAUGAUCGCAGAAGGAAUGGGAAAGAAGCUACGUUUUGUAGCUUUUACAUCUAUCUGCCAACUUGUCUUUAUCAUUCUCUUUGCAUCUUUAGGAGAGUACAGCCCUGAAGCAGAUCCAACGAAACAUCAUAGACUGAUAUCAACGUUAAAUCUGAAUGCUUAUCCAAUGUUUCAAGACGUUCAUGUUAUGAUGUUUAUUGGUUUUGGCUUUUUAAUGACGUUUUUGAAAAAGUACGGGUUUGGAGCUGUUGGUUUAAAUUUUUUAAUAUCUGCGUUUACUAUUCAAUGGGCAACAAUUUUUCAUGGUUUAUUCCUUCUUGAAGGACAUGAUACUGUUGAACUCGAUAUUCUAACCUUGCUGAACUCUGACUUUACGGCAGCUGCUGUCUUAAUUAGCUUCGGAGCCGUCCUUGGAAAAUUUAGUCCCUUACAAUUAUUAUUUAUGGCGCUCGUUGAGGUCGUGCUUAAAUUUGCAAAUGAAUAUAUUUUGUUGGAACAUUUCCACAUUUCUGAUGUUGGUGGCUCGAUUAUAGUUCAUAUUUUUGGAGCUUACUUUGGUCUUGCAGUUGCUCGUACCGCAUUUAAUCCAAACACUACGAAAGCAGCUGAAGAGAAAGCCUCUUCCAUGUACCAUUCUGAUUUGUUUGCUAUGAUUGGUUCGAUAUUUUUAUGGUUGUUUUGGCCUUCAUUCAAUUCGGCAAUAGCGGUAACUCCCGACGGCCAAUUAAGGGCUAUUAUAAAUACUUACUACAGUUUAGCAGCAUGUACUGUAUUGACUUUUAUUGUGUCAUCUUUAGUUCAUAAACAAGGUAAAUUUAAUAUGGUCCACAUCCAAAAUGCCGCAUUGGCUGGUGGAGUGGCAAUUGGAACUACGGCAGAUCUAAUGUUGAAUGGAUGGGGAGCGCUACUUAUUGGUUCGCUUGCUGGUAUAGUAUCAACUAUGGGUUUUGAAUAUUUACAACCACUUCUAGAGAGAAUAAAACUUCACGAUACAUGUGGGGUACAUAAUUUGCAUGGAGUUCCUGGUAUUUUGGCUGGUAUAAUUGGUAUUAUCGCGGCUGGUGUGGCAAAAGAGAGUGAUUACGGAAAUUCACUCUAUAUAAUCUACCCAUCUCGAGCACCAGUAGAAGGUAUAUUAAAAUCUAAUUUAACAAAUGAAGACUACCUGAUCGAGCCCGGAUCAGGCAGAUCCGCUUCUUCUCAAGCUCUCUAUCAGCUUGCUGCGAUCUUUGUAACACUAGGAAUCGCUAUCUUGGGUGGAGUAGUAACCGGUCUAAUUCUGCGUUUGCCGUUUUGGGACGAACCGGAUGAAAACGACAAGUUCGACGACAACGGAGAUUGGAUUCUAGAAGAUGAUAUACCGGACGUUGUUAUAAAAGGGAAGAUAGUGGCUCUUCUAGACAGUCGUUAAAUAUUAAUGCUGUAGAACGAAUAACUAGGAAAAAAAAGAGGAAUGAGCUUUGAUAUAUUUCAAAACAUAAUCUGCGUGUGUACUGUUUCAACUAAGAUGAAGACAUGAAAGAUAUUGGUUUUUAGCACCGUUAAAAUAAGCGGCGUUAUCUCCGGAAUAUAAUUAUACUUAAGGUUUACUAAAGUAUAAUAUAUCAUACUAGUUUAAUCUUGUGGCAUCUCUAAUUUAGAUUUUAAUCAGCAUCAACUUCAAAACAUUUCCUUUUACAGGAGACAGUAUUUACUAAUUGAUUGAGCAAAAGUUACCCAAAAAUGUUAAACGUUUACAUCAGAUUUUAUUAUAUAAAAAAGACUUCGAAAGUAGUAAAAGAGAUACUUAAUACUUACUAUGAAAGUUAACUGGAAAAGGCUUUUCCCCACUUGUUAUUUUAUAAUCAAUAAGUUACGAAAGAAUUCAAUAGAUAUUGGUUGAUAUAUAAUUCAUUUAAAUUUGAUUGAAAUGAGGCUAACAUCUCAUAAUAUGAAAAUGAAACUUAAAAUUUUCCUGACAUUGUCAGUUCAUAUUAUCUUUUUUAUUCAAAAGAUGGAAGAAACUAUUCUCUAGGGUUCUUUUCUGUUUGGUGAAGUGAAGGGGCAUACAAAAUAUGAAUGUUAGGUAGCUAUCUCUAGUCUAGAAGAGCCACUAUAUCUCACAGACAAAACAACGAAUGAAAUAGAUAUCGUAGAGAAACGAGACACUGGAAAUGGGCAUGCCUCUUCCGAUGAUUGUUCAUUAUGAUCGACUAUAGAAGUUGAUUUGAACUAUUUAACGUGAAAAGCUUAUUCUAUUUUAUAGCUUUUUUUCACGCCUCUCGGCGUAGUCUUAAAUGAUUUGGUAUAUUUACCGCUAGGUGGAGCUCAAUAAAGCGCUAUCUAUUGCUCAUUAUUUUUAUAUUAUUAUCAGACAGAUAAAGAAUCGAUCAUAUGAUAUCAUUUAAACUGGUACAAAGAUAAACUGAAUACCACUUUUAUAUGCAACCCUCUGAAUUAGCGCAUUACGUUUGAGAGCGUUGCAUUAUUUAUUAUAGGCCUAUAGGACACAUCUGGUAUAGGCCUAUGUAUUCCGUAUAGACUCUUUGGUAUUGACGAUCGAAAGAAGCGUCGUUUUUUUAUCGAAUUUCCCCUCACAUAUAUCAUAUCAUUUGCAUGUUAAGAAAACUAUUGAUGAUCAUUGAAAUAUUUCUAAACGAAAUUUUAUUAAUAUAGAUUAUGCAUUGUUCUAGUAUUUGUAUAUAUAAAUACGAUAAUAUAUACAAUAUACAUAUAUACUGAAUAUAUAUAUAUUGCUGUUCAUAUAUAUAUUUAACAGUUUUAUUAAUGCUUACUAUACGAAUAUAUAAUAUGUGAAGUGUAUUUACGACAUAUAUGCUUACUGGAGGGUAUCCCGCAUUUAUAUCAAACAGAAUACUAGUUAUUUUUAUUAGGUAUUCAAUGCACAAAUCAUGCAUAAUUGAUUACUUAAUUAAAAAUUUUUAAAUGUAACUUUUCUUUAUGUCUUUCUAAGAUCAUAGUAAUACACCUAAUGGCGU